AUGGCAUUUUUUGAAAUGAAUGCUUCUAAAAACGAUACGUCAUCGCAUACAUUUUGUGAUAAUCUAUAUACAAAUAUCGAUACAUCUCUUCCAUCUUUACCAAUUUCUGUGACAAAACUUGUUCGAACAACAAAUUCAGCGCAUCAUUUAGAUCUACAGCAGCAUAAUGCAGACGAAAAACGAUCUCUACUAAGAAAAUCUAUUCGUUACGUAAUGCGUACUUUUUACGAUGUAUUAAAAUCACUUGUUGAAUAUAAUUAUUAUUAUGAAUCUAUCAAUCUUCAAGAUCUAGCUAAUUGUUUAUGUUUGAGUUCAAAAGAAGUUCAUUCAUAUAUAAAACAAUGUAAACAUGAUAAAUAUAUAAAAGAAGAACAUCGUAGUAAAUUAAAGGUUGGGUCAUGA